CUCAGCCUCCUCCCUACUUCGCAGGCUCCACUCUCAUGGGCUUGAUGCACCUUCCCUAGCAAGGGGCUCAGGGCAGGUUUAAAAUCUAGGGAGUUAGAAGGAAUCGCUCAUGCUAUUGGAUCAUUGCUUGUUGGGGAGUGGGGGCAGCGGGAGGGGGAGAGAUGGGGGAUGCAGUUCAAAUGAAGAGGCACAUUUUGGUUUCCCGUGUAUCCCCCGCUCUGAGCUGGGCUUGGCUGGCUUGGCUGAACAUUGUUGUUUAAUGACUUGAACUGACCAAGGGAAAAGAUGCGCACCGUUCCACCCUCCCUUUCCUGCCCGAUUUUCCUGAUGUUUGGGAUGGGAAGGGAUGCCUUCAGAGUCAGGAAAGUUGUGGGUUUAUGAGACCACUCUUAAAACAGCUUAAAGUAUGAAUUUGUGCCAAACACCGUUGUAAAAAGACGACUACCCUGGCAUCCCAGUCUCUGUGUCUAUAACAAGUUUCCCAGCCUCCAUUCUGAUCUACUUAUUCCAGGUAAUAUUUGGUUGGAAUUCAUGACCAUGGGAUUUAACUUGCAGGAACUUAGGUAUAUUAUUAGAGCCAUAAGGAAAAGACUUGACUUAGAUCUUAGAAUCAAGGUGGUGUUUGUGCCCCAAAAAACUUGUUGGGCUGCUGCUACAUUGUAGAGGAGGGUGAGCUGACUUUCCUUGCUGCUUUCAGCAGGGAUUUCUCCUGUUUGCUUUCUGUAGAGGGUUCUGUAGUCCACAUCUUUCUUGGCACUUAUGAGUCUGAGCUUCCUUUCUACCACAGGCAGUCAGGGAAUGGUGAAAACAUUCAUUCAUACUACAGGCUGAAUCCUGAGGCAAGAGACAGGAUCAGGGCCUGAUAAGUGCAUGAAGAUCUUAGGAGAGGGGCAGUUGGGGUUUGGAGAAUUGGGGAAGGAUCUGGAAAGGCAGCUCUGCAUCAGUAUUUCAAAUUUGCUUGAUCAGACUGUUGACCACUUAGGUUUUCUGCAUUCUAGAAUGGCGAGGAGCAGACUUCUCCAGGGAGCACUUACUGCUCUCUGUUCUAUCUUCUGCUUACUCUUCUCCUGGCUCUUGAAUGGAGUGAAUAAUCUAAACAGGGCUGUCCUUUCUACCUUUUCACUUUGAGGAGGCAUCCACCUGCCUGACCAUAACAGGAUCUGCUACAACUCAGGUUUUGAAAAAGUCCUUAUUGUAACAUGGUCUCCAUUGACCUGGGCCUGAGACGCAAGCCUCAUGGAUGACUUUUGGAGCCAGAUUUCAAAAGAGUAGAAUCCAUGGACACAGCUCUCAAGUUACUGGAAUCUUUUUAAAAAGUCUUACCAUGAAAAAAAGGAUGUCUGGUGAUGCUAGAAUGAUUUGCAGGUGUUCCCAAAACAGCAACAGAGAGGAGGGAAUGUCAUUAAUGACUUCUCAUAUUUGGAGGAAAAAAAUGAUUUCUCUUUGUUGAAUAAAAGAAUCCAUCUCCUGUAGUUAAUGACGGCAUGGUCGUUUGAGAAUCCCCUCCCUAGCGGGAUGGCUGACAGGAGCACAAAGACUAAGCACUCCAGCACGGGUCCAUUCCCAGACUCAUUUCAUUUCCACAAGUUUCCCAUUGAAUACAGAUCAUAAUACUUUUAUCUUGCAGUGUAUCAAUUGGCAAGUAAUUAUUAUUUAUCAAAGAAUGGGCUUGAUGCAUAUUCAUGAUAUGAUUUUAUCAGGGAGGCAUUUGAUUUUGAAGUCACUGCUAAGUACUAGAGAGAAGCUGUUUGCAAAUGUGUAAUCCACACAACAAGAGUAUUGUGGCAGUGGAAGGAAGCAUUCAGUCUGCAAAGCAACAAGGCAUAUAACUUAUCACAGGUCUAGCACAGUCAGGAUGAAACCUAAGAGUGGUUUUCUGGUAUAGAAUCAAGUGUUAGUCUCCAUGGGACAUCCUUCCCUGACCCUGUUUUAAUUGUGUCUCUCUUAGAAGACAGUGAAUCUUGGGGAAGAAAGGAGUGUGGUAUUUGAGAUUUGCUUCAUGAACUUCUCUCAGUUGUAGACAUGUCCACAGGCUGGGCACCCUUAGCCUCUCACUCACUUGGAAUCUGUUGAAUAUAGUUGCCCUGCUUGACUCUCAAUACAAGCAGUGUCGUGAUCAAAAAGCCACCAUGGUGCAUCUGUGUCCCACAUUGGUGAGAUGACUUUAGGGAGAGUCAUAGACUUCCAAAAUCGCCAGAUAGGACAGGACCUUGAGGCCAUCUGAUAGGUUCUUGAAAAUACUCCUGUACCUCUAUCUGCCAUCCCCAUCCGCCUCUGACCACCUUCUUUCUGUUCGCAUCUUGCUUUUGCUGUCCAGGAGCACAGCAGGGAUAUUGUACCUCUCAGCUGGCUUUCAGCUCCCCUGUCCUAUAGAUGGAUUCAGUUCUAAACUGACCUUCAGUUAGAGGCUUCUCUGCACACUGCUCUUUCUUCCACUUUCUUUGUAGUGCUUAAUCCAAGGGCUUUUUAUUUGUGUCUAUAUCCUUAAGUAAAAGCAAUUAUGUAAGAUGUAGCUGGAUUGAUAGGUGGGUCUCCUUGGCAUCUUUCACACAUUUGAAAUAGACCAAAUAUAGCAAGCUUGGUUUCUCUGCAUGGAUGGGGCUGAUUUCAGUUUCCAGGAUGAGGUUAGCUCUUACUUGUUCUGUCAGACUCUAUUGCCACCAAACUGCAAAGCUUCUGUCUUUCUUUAUUAAACUACCAGCAGUCCCCAGAAUUCCAAUGAGUAAAACUGACCUCAGCCUUUCAGGUAGGAAUAGUUUCCUUUUCUCAGAGAGCAUCCAAAUCCUCCUAUGUUGUUCCUGGAUAAAAAUCAAAGGAUAAAGACAGUUUCUUGCAGACAGGCGUGCCCUUGAGGUCACUUGUUGCACUAUUUAUGUCUCCCCCACCCCCAGUUUCUUCCCACAGGCCAGUCUAGUUAUGCUGUUGCCAUGGGGACCAGGCUUAGGUCUCCUUCACAAUGUCUUGAUUUGGCCUAAGACCUCAAGAACUCUCCCAGCCUCACCCUAAAUUGGUUCUGAGCUGGUCUGGAAGGGGCUCACCCUGGCCUUAAAGGUAUAUGGGCAAAGGUGGUAAUUAACCAGCUCUUAAGUAUUUCCAGGUUAGACCUCAAUGUGUAAAUAGUGAAUACCCAAGUCCGUCUGACCACUCUCCCGACCCAGCAUGAGUCUUGCCUGGCUGCACUAGCUUCCUGCUUUUAGGUGGACCAGAAGUUCAAGGGUGUGAAAGAGUAUAGCUAAGCCUUGAAUCAAAGCUGGGAUGUAGCUGGCAGCUGCAUGGCCAUGGGCUGGGCCGACAUAGUCUCAGAACUGAUCUGGGCGCUGUGGCUGAUUGGCAAGAGUUAAGUAGGCCAGGUCUGUUCACAGUUUGCCAAUGCCCGGCCUUGUUCAAUAGUUCAGUAUUGCUAUUUAAAGAUUUCUGCUCUACCUGCUGCCACUUCUGCUUGUUCAGGAACAAGGAAUUUGUUAUUUAUGCUUCGCAGUCAUGUAUGCUGUAGUUAGAGGAACGGCGCUAACAAAACUCCGCAUCCCCACUCCAGGCCCUCUAUUUAGCAUCUGUCCUCGUGGCUUCUCUCAGUCCCCAGCACCCUCGCGUGCACUGCCCAAGUCCCUGCCGUGUGCAUGUGAGACAGCGGUGCCUGCCUCUGCUUCUGUGUCCAGUGUGUGGGGGGGCAAAUUGCUCUGGUUCUCUCCACUGCCAUUUCCAUGUGCCUGCUACUCCCUAACUUCAGCCUGGCCCUGCCCUCACUUCUGAUGGAGGAGCUGGAGUCCAGGUACACUUGCUGAAGGACCAGUUGGCUGCUGAGGCUGCGGCACGGCUGGAGGCCCAGGCUCGCGUGCACCAGCUCCUGCUGCAGAACAAGGACAUGCUCCAGCACAUCUCCCUGCUGGUCAAGCAGGUGCAGGAGCUGGAGCUGAAGCUUUCAGGACAGAAUGCCAUGGGCUCCCAGGACAGCUUGCUGGAGAUCACCUUCCGCUCCGGAGCUCUGCCUGUGCUUUGUGACCCCACAACCCCUAAGCCGGAGGACCUGCACUCGCCGCCGCUGGGCGCAGGCUUGGCUGACUUUGCCCACCCUGCGGGCAGCCCCUUAGUUGACCACGGCAUGUUUGAGAAUUUGAACACAGCCCUCACUCCAAAGCUCCAGGCCAGCCGCUCCUUCCCCCACCUGUCCAAGCCCAUGGCCCCCAGCUCUGCCCCUCUGGGCUCUGCUGAGCCUGUGGGGGCGGGACUCUGGGUGGGCAGCAGCCAGCAUCUCAAGAACCUGGGCAAAGCCAUGGGGGCCAAAGUGAAUGACUUCCUGCGGAGAAAGGAGCCCUCCAGCCUGGGCAGUGUGGGCGUGACGGAGAUCAACAAGACCGCAGGAGCGCAGCUGGCCAGCGGGGCUGACGCGGCUCCAGGGGCCUGGCUGGAGGAUGAAAGGUCAGUCCUGCAAGAAGCAUUUCCUCGACUGGAUCCUCCACCCCCCAUAACCAGAAAGCGAACCCCUCGGGCCCUGAAGACCACCCAGGACAUGCUGAUUUCAUCACAGCCUGUCCUCAGCAGUCUGGAGUACGGGACAGAGCCAUCACCUGGGCAGGCCCAGGACUCCGCUCCCACUGCCCUGCCUGACGUCCCAGCAGACGCUUCACAGUCAGAGGCCGCCAUGGAAAGAGAAGAGAGAGGCGAAGUUCUGCCCAAUGGAGAGGUUUCCCUGUCAGUACCUGACCUCAUCCACAAGGAUGGCCAGGACGAAUCCAAGCUAAAGAUGACGGAGUGCAGAAGGGCCUCCUCCCCCAGCCUCAUCGAGAGGAACGGUCUCAAACUCAGCUUGAGCCCCAUCAGCCUGGCAGAGUCCUGGGAGGGCAGCCCCCCUCCUCAGGCGCGGACCUCCAGCCUCGACAAUGAAGGUCCUCACCCAGACCUGCUGUCCUUCGAAUAGAGCCUCCGCUCUUCCCCACCGAGCACCACCCUUGUCUUCCUGUCGUCACCUCCACUGUGCACACUGGCCCUAGCCCCAGCUCCGCUGUGCCCUUCGUCUGCCUCGUAUGAGGCACCAGCAGACAGCCAAUGCUCCACCAUGGGAUUUUGCAGGGCUGGAAGUCCUUGAGUAGUGCUAGUUAAAGAGUCUAUCUGCAGAACGGCUAAAGGACUCGAUGUCGUCUUGAGCCUAGUUUUCUGCAACCUCCUCUGGAUGGGCUGCGGCCAUUGGACACUGGAGCUCCUCCACUCUUGAGUUUGUCCUGGCUUCUCAGUGAACUUCAGGGCCACCAGCCCAGGAUGAUGGAUCUUGUAGGAAUUCUCUUUGCCUGUCCCCCACAUUUCACCUCCUCCCCUGCUAUUCUCCCUCCCACAACCCGGUCCCUUCUCUCUCCUCCCUGGCGGGUCCAAGGCCCCUGGCUUCAAUGGGAGCAAGGCUGGGUGAGAAAUGAUGGGUUUGGCUUGAUGAUGGGCCCUGGCCUAGAAAGCCACACACCCAGACCACAGCCCAGCCAUGGCUCCUCUUGGUCCCAAGACAGCACAGACCCCUGGUUGCCAUGUUUGCUCUGCCCCUGGGAUGGAGGCCAGAAGAGAUGCUUACCAGGCCUGAGACCUUGAGAGUUCACCCAAGGCUUGAACGCUGCUACCACGGGUUCCCAAGGUUUCCCCCGAUCUGGUCAGAUGUUGAAUACAAAAUGUGGGCAUUCUUCACGGAAGGAAAGAUCAGGCUUCCCUUGCUAUGUGUGUGAAGACAGAGCCAGGCCCCAGCAGAUGCAGCCGAGCACACUCUGAUUUUGUUUUGUGGGGAGGGCUCAGGAACUUGGGGGUGGUUUUGGCAUUCAGGGCUGGUGCUAAAAAUCCAGAGCAGAAGCAGGGAGAAGGGAGUGGAGACGAGACAGAGAAGAGUGAUCACCAGGGAUCAGAACAGCUUUUCAGGGGCCACCUUGCAACCUCAGAUGAUGCCGUUUCAGGCCCUGGGCCUGCUGUGAGAGCCAGAGUGAAGCACAUGCAAGAUUGGCAUGUGAGAAGAACAUGGGGGCGGCGGGGGGGACCACUUUCAAUUAAGUGGAAGUGCUUUGUGCUUGUGCUGAAGUUGCCUGGGCCUCCUGCAGCCCUGGACCUCACAGAAGCGGCCCCAGCCUGCCCUUCCCUGCCUGCCCUUCCCUGCCUUUCUUUUAUGCUGAUGCUAGUGGGCUUUUUCCUGCUUUCAGGAUCUGUGUAAGGGACGGACCGGGUUCAUCCAACCUUAACUGGUUCCUGCCCUCCCACCUGGAUUUACCCACUUUUGUGUUCCUGUCUCCCACCAGGGGUCCUAUUAUGCUGUCCUCCUGUGGCCAGCAGACCCUGUAAGGGGGUGAUCCCAAUCCCGGGGGUCUUUGCAUCCCUUUUCUUGAACGAGGUGUCUGGUUCCCUGGGAGAAGGCUGGGAAUGGCACAUCCAGCCAGGGCAGGUGGUACGGCAUCCUCCUUCUGGGGUUCCUGUGGCCUCUCCUGUUCCAUUCAUUCUUUGGCUUCCCACCCAUAAGCUCUGGGACAUCCAGGGCUUGCUUCCAAGCUCUUCUUACCUCCAAGCUUCCACUCCCCUUCCCACCACCACUGCCAUAUAAAAUGCCCAUGCUAACUCCUACAGAACGAGUAGCCUCAGCAGGAUCGCUAGGAUGUGGGUGUCUUCCUGCAUUCUUGCUUCUGCAUCUGUGUGGCCUUGCCACAGCCCUCCCACCACUUGCCUUCCAUUGCCUUCCUUCUCCCAGAAAGCCAGACUUCACCACGUGCUCACCACAAGCUGUCUCCGCUCCUUCGUGAGGGUCCCUGCAGGGGGGCACCUGCAGGCCCUGGUGGAGUAAGCAGGGCUUAUGUAAACAUUCUUUCUCCGAGGAUGCGAUAUCUGACCCUGAAGUCAGAGAAGGUCUCAGGACUAGCAUUCGGGGUCCUGUGAUUUUCCCAGAAUGGUGCGCGGUAUCACACAAAACAUCAGAGCUGAGGAUAGCGAUGGAGUCCCUAAACACAUCCUGGAAGCAAGCCACUUCAUCUGAGCUUCCAAUACCAGGAGCGUGGUUUGUGCUUUGAUGGGAAACUUAGAAAGCCCCUGCUCUCUGGGGCUUCUCCUCUUCUAGAGCCCAGGGUGGCUCUGGCCCAGUUAUAUAGCAGCCAUGGGUUCAGGGAUUGCAGGUGCAGCCUUUCUUAAGUACCCCGCCUCCACUUUAAAGCCCAGCUGCUGCUGAAGUCCAGACUCUUAGACCCAGGAUGAGCAAAAGGAUCCCACCAGGACGUCCAGGACCAUUGCCAGGGUGACCCCAGAGUUCUUCAGACUUAUGUCUGAUACUGAAUACAGCACCACGGGACCCUGCUCCAAUCUAACUGCCUACAACCCACCCGUCUGCCUGCUGCAGAAGUGAUGCUGCUACCUUGGGAGGCUCUCUGAGACUGGGUUUCUGGUCUUAGAUGCUGCAGCUAGUACCUGGUGCUAGGGACUAGGUGCUCCCCAAAGCUCAGCAGGAUGAGUAGCUACUACUCAUUCUGCAGAGGGCUUGGCUCAGACCAGGUCUUCCAUCCAAAGCCUCAUCUGGUUUCCACAUCCAUCUCAACAGUCUGGCCUUCCUGUGACUGAAGCCUGGCGGCCACGCCCCCACUAAUCCCACACAGCGAGUCCAGCAUCUCUGGGAGCUCGGCCCUCAGUUAGCCCCGUCCAUGAGAGGGCAGAGUAAUGAGGAGGAGUAAAGGACCUGUCUUCUAUGUUCACCUAAGGAAGUUGGGACCACAGGGUCUUUUAUCUCCUUGUUACUCCUCAGCGCCACAGUAACCCCCUACUCAGCACACAGCUUUAUCCUGGUAGAUUAUCAGGCGAGCUUCCAGAACCUGGCAGGAGGCUGGUGUAUCCCCCUGCACAGAGGGAAGUGUAUCUGAAUGCUGUGUAUGUGGCUGAUAUGGAAGACACACGUGUAUGCAACCCAUCAGCUUUUGAAGAAGAUUGGCUCCAGUUUGGAGGAGGAAGAUUACAGAUCUAUUCUGAGUAUUUUUUAGAGAGUUAAUAUUUAUAUUUUUAGAAUUUUCUGGUAGAAGGAAAUUGCACAAUAAAACAACUUGGUUUGGUUUGCU